AUGAGCAACGUUACAGCAACCUCCCGUCGCGUGGUGCGAACACUUGCCCACCGAAACAUUGACUGGUCUCGCAAUGUAUGGAAGUUGACUCCCCGUACCGCCGCCAAGGUCAACUCCUUUCGUGCCUGGGUGACCACGGGCGAAGUCAUGGCCGACAAGUACAACAAACCUCCCGCUCCAGUCGACUUUUCCGGUGCCAAGUCUUCCAUUCGAGACCAAGAAUUGAUCGCUGGACUCGAAGACUUUUACAAGACUGCCAGUCCUGCUCCCGAAACCUACGAACCAGAGCCCGGUGUCGAAGAGGAACGCAAAAAGGUCUUGGCCAUGUUCGAAGAGUCCGAAGCCUUUGAUCAGGAAUUGAAGGAGUCCGUCAAGGCCGAACUCGACUUUAUGAAGGACAACCGUACCACCAAGGAUACCACCAUCUUUGAUUUCAAGAUGAACUACCCCGGUAUUCAUGAACAAAUUGAAGAUGAAAUUGAAAACCGAGAAUGGUUCAAGGAUGUUGGAAUGACUGCCAAAUAA